AUGAAAUCUCGUACGCUAAUAAUAAUCUUUACUAUCGUCACAAUCUCCAUAAUAUCACCCAGCCGCUGCAAUAACCUGAUAGAGAAUACCUGCAAGCAGACCCCUCGCUACAAUCUGUGUGUUCAAUCUCUCAAAUCGGAUCCCGCUAGCUCCGACGCUGAUGUCAGGGGGCUAGCUCUAAUUAUGGUGAAAGUCAUGACGACGAAAGCGAAGGGCACGGGUUAUAAGAUCAAGCAGCUCCUAAAAAGUGGACAUUUAGAACCGAAGCAGGAGAAGGCACUGAGAUAUUGUGCUGACUCGUACAAAAAUGUGAUAGAGUUGUAUGUUCCGGGAAUUGAGAGAGCUUUGGAAACAGGAAACCCAAAAUUUGCAGAAGAAGGCGUAGUAUCUACUGGAAUGGAAGCCAAAGAUUGUGAAGAAGAGUUUUCCGGCAGCACAUCACCGCUUACAAAAGAAAACAACGCUAUGCGCGAUCUUGCGGCGGUUGCUGUUGCUAUUUUCAGGCUAUUGCUAUGA